CCUCAGUGGCUGGACAGUGGCCACUCGCAGUACAGCAAACCAGUCGGGCGAAAGCACUGCUUUGAUGUCUCAGUAAACGCACACAGUCUUAGACACUUUUAGGACACCGAAGCGUGUUUCUUAGACAGAAAACUAAAAGAGCAAAACUGAGCCGACAACAGAAGCGUCUACAACCGAGAGGGAGAGCCGCAACGUGUGUUGAGGAGGUGGAUCUACUUCGCUUGUUGUGCCUCGAGGUGAGAAGUGAGCCUUCUGAUCGACUCCGUGACCUUCUUCGCCCAAAUUGCAGACUGAGAAGAAAUGGGAUAUGAUUAGGUGGUGGGAGUGUUCGGCUUAACAAAGAACAUAGAUGAAUUCCUGCCAUGCUACAUGGGAAGGCUCAGAACUCCUCCCUAUUCUUGUUUUUCAUCAUUGUCAUCAUCGUUUCCUCAGUCCACGGUCACUCUUACCCAAGUUUUUCGCGUGAUGACACAGAAUUCCAUCACCUGGUGCUCCAUCCGGACCCAUCAGUAGGGAAAGUGUAUGUGGGGGCCAGGGACCACCUAUUUCAGCUGGAUGGAUUAGAUGGACUUCGGCUUGAGCAGGAGGAGAAGACUGGUCCUGUGCGUGACAGCAAAGACUGCAUUCCUCCCGUCACUGAAUCCAACUGUCCCCAGGCCAGGAGAACCAGUAACCACAACAAAUUACUACUGGUGGAUCCGAAGGGAUUGGAACUGAUCACCUGUGGGAGUGUUUACCAAGGUACCUGCCAAAAACGAAGUCUAACAUCAAUCAAUGAGGUUCUUUUCGCCACUGAGAGGCCAAUGGACACUCAAUACGUUGCAGCCAAUGAUCCGUUCGUCUCAACUGUUGGACUUGUUGUGGGGCUUCAGGGUGGGGAAAGGUCUGUCAUGUAUGUGGGAAGGGGAUACACUGCCAGCCAGCCACCAAUUUCCACCCGUCACCUUUCAUCAGAGCCCAUUUUUUCCUACGAGGAGACGGCUAAACUUGCCGUAGCUGGCCGUCUGUCAGAGUAUGACCACCAUUUUGUGACCACGUUCAGGCGGCGAACAUAUGUGUACUUCUUGUUUUACCGCCGAGACAUAAAGUCAUCAUCAGGGGAAUAUCAGACCUAUGCGGCCAGGGUUUGUCUUGAUGACACCUCUUACUAUUCCUAUGUGGAAGUUCCUAUCGUAUGUCAAUCGCCAUCCUCUCCUCCCAGAGAUUACAACCUUCUCCAAGCAGCCCAGGUGGGUCAAGGUACAGACAGAGAGGGUGAGGACUUGUUGGGAGUCUUCUCCACCCGCAUCAGCUCCACUAACCAAAAUCCCCUGGAUGGCUCAGCUGUGUGCAUCUUCCCUUUGGAUGUGCUUGACCGACACAUUGACUCCAUAAGAGACUUGUGUUACACCCAAGAUGGGAUGCUGGAGGAUGGAAGUGAAAUGGCCUACAUUGAGUAUGAGGUGAAAUCCAGCUGCGCCAAACUACUCAGGAACACCCUUCAGGCAUAUCCUUGUGGCUCUGACCACACCCCAAGUCCAAUGGCAAGCAGAGUGCCUGUAGUAGCCAAGGCUGUUUGGCAAACCUUUUCUACCCACCUCACUGCUGUGGCUGUCACUGUGAAGCACGACCACAGCAUUGCAUUCCUGGGAGACUCCAAAGGGACACUUCAUAAGGUAUAUCUGGGCCAAGAUAGCCAAGUGGAGGUGUAUGCCAACGUGACUAUCCAGGCUAACUCCCCCAUUAACCGUGACUUAUUACUGGACCAAAAAGGCUCACACAUCUACAUUAUGACCAAAACUUCUGUAGUGAAACGCCCUGUGGCAGAAUGUGGCGAUCACCUGGAUUGUCAGUCUUGUCUGUCUGCCAAUGACCCGUACUGUGGCUGGUGUGUCCUUGAGGGCCGGUGUGGACAACGGUGGGAGUGCAGGCGAGGGUCAGUCAAGGGACAGUGGUUGUGGAGUUUCAACCACACACAGCAGUGCCUCAGCAUCCAGCAUCUCAGCCUGUACAACAUCAGUCAUGGGGAAAAAACAAAUAUAACAGUAUCAGUUGAAGGACUCCCUAGUUUAGGAGAAGGAGAGGCCUACUCCUGCUUCUUCCAUGAUACAGAAACUCCUGCCAUGUUUACAAACACCGGGGUUCUAUGCCACACUCCCGAUGCCAGUAGUCUCCCCUCCAUUGGGCAAGGAGAUGAGUUCGUGAUGGUGAUCCUGUCGCUACGAUUCCUCAAUGUAACUGUAGCAGAAACAGAAUUCACCUUCUUUGACUGUGUCCUUGUGCAGAAGCUCUCUGAACGAAGGCCCUGCCAAGGUUGUGUUAGCAGUCGCUGGGGCUGUAAUUGGUGUAUCCAUGAGCAUGUCUGCACACACAGACACACCUGCAGCCACGGAGUCACCAUCUACAAUAAAAAUUUCAAACCGCCAACACCCACCAUUCCACCAACCACCAGAAAACAGACCAAUUUAACUGUGACGACUGCUACAGCAACAGUGACAGAGAUGCAGCCGCCACUCACCAUGACUCCUGCUACAACCACUGCAGCUGCCACCACAGCGACAACCCCUACCACAUUUUACAGCAAGCCCACAUCACGCUAUGCCAUGGACACAACACCCCACUUCAUCGGGACCUUCAGCCAGGCCACCAGCCUAGACUCAGAUGCCAGCAUCACACGCAGCUCAAUAUUUGUCGGGGCCACAACCAGACAUUUUACAGAGGAUGAGACUGUUGAUUGGCUGAAAGAAAAUGUAGAAAACAUUGUCAACACAUCUCACACAACAUUACCUAGCAGCACAAUGGAGCCCGUAGACUCUGGAGUAACCCUUUUAGAACUGUCCGGUGAGGCAGCAGGCUCUUCUUCUGGUAUAAGCUCAACCACAUCUGGUGAAGUUGCUACUUUGCCAGACCUUGCUGGCAUUGACUUGGCUGAGGGAAUCCCAGUAGUAAACUCUGAUAUGAGUGACAGUCCUCCAUGGGAGAGGGAGAGGCCUGAGAGUGGGGUAGAUGGGAGAGUGGCAUUUUUUCUGACAGAUGCAAACGAAAACCUCACCUUUACACAAUCACCAGAAAUGGUUAUUGAGCCCAUCACUGAGUCUGAUGAAAACUACCAAGCAGAUUCCUCUGAUUCUUACUUUAUGGACUGUCCUUGCAUGGAGAAAGUUGAGGAUUCAUCCUUCAUUCCUGUCAAUGUAGAAAGGAAGAUUACACUGGUGGGACAACACCUCAACCUGUUUCAGGAUGAAAAUCUGAACUAUGAGUGUGUACUGGACGUUGAGAAUCACUCAGUGGUGGUCGAAGCAUCUGUGGAGAUGGAUGCCAAACAACCUUCAGUCUUUUUGAUAACUUGCAAACCUCAUCAGGUCAUUUGCUAUUCUUCUUUGAUGGAGGAAUACCCAGCCAUGAUCAACGUGAGGAGGAAAGAUCAUUUCUUCAUUGACAGCGCUGAUGAUCUUUUUGUGACACUUUACAACUGUUCUGUGGGGAGAGCCGACUGUAGUCGAUGUCGUACAGCCAACCCCAAGUACGGCUGCGUUUGGUGCGGGGGUCCUACUAGCUCCCACUGCAUCUACCAUGGGUCCUGCACUGAUUACGUCAAACACACCUGUCCUGCACCUGUCAUUCAUUUCUUAGAUCCUGUGUCUGGUCCAGUUGAGGGAGGAACGUUGGUAACUAUUUCAGGCUCCAAUCUUGGCCAGAGGGCUGAAGACAUCCACAACUCUGUCACGCUUGUUGGGGUUCCCUGCAAUGUCAUACAUAGCAGAUAUGAGAUCUCGUCCAGGAUCGUGUGUGAGACUACAAGGAGCCAAGGAGAGAAGAGCGGACAGGCCUCCGUCAAAGUAAGCGGGGGAGGACUUGGACUGUCCACUCAGACUUUCAGCUUUCAGGAUCCCAUAUUGAGUAGUAUCUUCCCCCAGAGAGGGCCUAAAGCGGGGGGCUCAUCUGUCACCAUCAAAGGUCGAAGCCUUAAUACGGGUCACCCAAGUGAUGUCACCGUUCUCAUUGGAGGAAUACCAUGUAUGGUGCUAAGCAUCGAGGAGGCUCAGAUCUGCUGUCUGACUAGAGGCAGUAACAGAACAGGCGAGCAUGGCCUCGUGGUGCGCUUUGGAGGGGCCGAACGCCACCUACAGGGUGUUGUCUAUCACUACACGUCAAACCCCAACAUUUCGUGGGCUGCACCAUCUAAAAGCUUUCUCAGCGGAGGUAGAAUCAUCAGGGUGUCCGGUCUUAACCUGGAUGUGGUUCAGGAUCCAAAAAUUCGGGUUACCCUCAGCCCACGGGAUUCUCUUCCUCCCAGGAGGAGGCGAAGCACCGGUCCAUUGAAUGAAGGACAAGAUCAACAGAUACCACUGAAGCGACGGCGGAGGAUCAUCCCAGAGGUGGACUGCACUCAGGGUGCACUUUGCUAUGUCAAGCAGUAUGAGUCUCGCUGUACAGUGAACAGCUCCUCCCUCAUCUUGUGUCCGACGCCAGCUGUGGGACCGGAUGCCAGGAGAGCUCGGAUCAAAGUUCAUUUCCUGCUGGACAGUCUUCAUUUUGACUUUAACACUGUUGGCAAUGAAGCCUUCAGCUAUGAACCCAACCCAAAGCUCUACAUGCUGAACCGUAAUGACCCAGACAAACCAUACCACCACAAACCAGGCAGCAUCAUCUCUGUUGAGGGAGAGAAUCUGGACUUGGCCAUCUACAAACAUGAGGUCCAGGCCAGGAUCGGGGAUGGGGUAUGUUCAGUGAAGACCCUCACUCGCAACCAUUUAUACUGUGAACCUCCAGCCACCCAACCGUCAGUGCGUAGCAGCCAGAAAAAGGAUGUUAUGGAGAGUCUGCCCGAGUUCACAGUAAAAAUGGGAAAUAUUAACUUCUCCUUGGGUAGAGUUCAGUAUGACAGCCAUGCCCUCUCUAUAUUCCCCUUGGAGGCCCAAGUUGGUGUGGGCGUGGGAGCUUCAAUAGUGGUUCUCAUUGUCCUCAUAAUUGUCCUCAUUUACAGGAGGAAGAGCAAACAGGCCAUGAGGGAUUACAAAAAGGUGCAGAUCCAGUUGGAGAAUCUUGAGACGAGUGUCCGUGACCGUUGCAAGAAGGAAUUUACAGAUUUGAUGACUGAGAUGAUGGAUAUGUCCAGUGACUUGGUCGGCUCUGGAAUUCCCUUUCUAGAAUACAAGGCAUAUGCAGAGCGCAUUUUCUUCCCAGGCCACCAGGAGUCACCAUUGAGACAAGAGUUGGAUAUCCCGGAAAGCCGUAGGCAGACUGUGGAGCAAGGUCUUGUUCAGUUGUGCAAUCUGCUCAACAGUAAACUGUUUCUCACCAAGUUUAUUCACACUCUCGAGGCCCAGCAGACAUUUUCCCCAAGGGAUCGGGCCUAUGUCGCCUCUUUGCUGACUGUGGCCCUCCAUGGAAAACUGGAGUACUUCACAGACAUCCUGAAGACUCUGCUUAAUGACCUAGUGGAGCAGUAUGUGGCAAAGAACCCAAAAUUGAUGCUUAGGAGAACUGAAUCUGUGGUUGAAAAGCUCUUGACCAACUGGAUGUCCAUUUGCCUUUUCAACUUCCUGCGGGAAUCAGCAGGGGAGUCGUUCUACAUGCUGUUCCGAGCGAUAAAGCACCAGGUGGACAAGGGACCCGUGGAUGCUGUGACAGGAAAAGCCAAGUACACUCUGAAUGACAACCGGCUACUGCGAGAGGAUGUAGAAUACCGCAGCUUGACUCUAAAUGUUGUGAUGCCAGCUGCUGCUGCCAAUGGAGGCACCUCUACUCAGACGGUGCCUGCCAAGGUCCUGGACUGUGACACCAUCACCCAAGUGAAGGAGAAACUUUUGGACCAAACUUGGAAAGGGGCAUCUGUUUCCCGGAGGCCACAUGCGGAUUCCUUGCACCUCGAAUGGCGCGCGGGUGUAGCUGGUCAUCUAAUCCUGUCAGAUGAGGACCUGACAUCAGUCGUGCAGGGCUUGUGGAAGCGCCUCAAUACAUUACAACACUACAAGGUCCCUGAUGGAGCCACUGUUGCCCUCAUCCCAAGAAGCACUAAAAAUCACCUCCACGACAGCCAUGAUUACAUGCCUGGAGAAAAGACUCCUAUGCUGGAUGAUGGUGAGGAAGGAGGCGUUAAACUGUGGCAUUUGGUGAAAGCCAAUGAGGAGUCAGAGCUGCCCAAACACAGAAGGGGCAGUGUGAGAGAGAAGGGCGGUGAGCGAGCCAAGGCCAUCCCAGAAAUUUACCUCACGCGACUUCUCUCCAUGAAGGGCACACUGCAGAAGUUUGUGGAUGAUUUAUUCACGGCCAUCCUAAGCACCAGUCGUCCCGUCCCUCUGGCUGUCAAAUACUUCUUUGACUUGUUGGAUGAGCAGGCCCUGCAGCACAACAUCAGUGACCCGGAGACUAUCCAUAUCUGGAAAACCAACAGCUUACCGCUGCGAUUUUGGAUCAACAUCUUGAAGAAUCCGCAGUUCAUCUUCAAUGUGCAGACCUCAGACCACGUGGAUGCUGUGCUAUUUGUCAUCGCUCAGACUUUCAUGGACUCUUGCACCAUCGCUGACCACAAACUAGGACGGGACUCCCCCAUCAACAAGUUGCUGUAUGCCAGAGACAUUCCACGCUACAAGCAGAUGGUGGAGAGGUACUACGCUGACAUCCGUCAGACCAUCUCAGCUAGUGACCAGGAGAUGAACUCGGCUCUGGCGGAGCUCUCCCGUAACUAUGCUGGAGAGGUCAACUUUCUGGUGGGUUUGCAUGAGCUGUACAAGUACAUCAACAAGUACUAUGAUCAAAUCAUCACUGCCCUCGAAGAGGAUUGCACAGCCCAGAAGAUGCAGCUUGGAUACAGGCUGCAACAGAUCGCUGCCGCUGUCGAGAACAAAGUCACAGACCUAUGACCUGAUUUCCCUUUUAUGCACAAAGACUGAAGGGAAAAGAUCCCACUUUCUUUUAAGCAAAACAAUUUUAUAAACAAACAUAAAAGCAUCGUGAGUCAUUUAGAAAAUGGAAAAAAUAAUGUAUGUGUUCUCCUUGAUGAAUCAUCUUCAAGAACCACACAGAACACUCCUACAAAUGUACAGGUCCACUCAUUAGUCCUCAGAAGAUGAAACAGGACUUGAUUUCAAUGACUAACCCAAAUGUACAUCUUAAAAGAAACUCUCAAACCAAUAUGUGAUGUUUUCUUUUAUCCUUCUUUCAACUCCUAGUCAAUUCUAUGUGGACCCACUUAGUUGUUAUUGGAAUACGCUACUAAUUUUCACAAUUUUCUUUGUGAGUUUCUCUCACAACUCAUAGAAACAGCAAAUGUGUCAACCAAAUCGAUUUUUGGAAGGUUUUCUCCAACCCUCAUCCUGUUUUCUUUCAAAAACAGAUCCGUCCAACAAGUGUUUUAUAUAUAUAUAUAUAUAUAUAUAUAUAUAUAUAUAUAUAUAUAUAUAUAUAUAUAUAUUAUUUGGGCCUUCCCCUCUUGGAAAUGAGUACAAACAAAAUGCAAUGCAUCCUUAACAACUCAAAAAAGAAUUCCCAUUAUUGGAGUUCUUGGACAUGAUCAUUUUCUGUUUAUCUUUUAUUAAGAAAUGUGGAUUGUAUUUUAUUUUUUACUAACAAAGGGAGGUCAAGCAAGCAUCAAAGAUGGUUGUCUUGAAAAAAAAAUUCAAUGUGUUUGUAAUUGUACGGUUCACGUACUUUGUACUUUUGACUAGGUCAACAAGCAUGACAGAAGAGAGCUUUUCAAUGUGUUUAGCAUCCUGACAUUAGCCUUUAGCACCUCCAUGGCAACGUACAGACUUAUUGGUACAUUACUGAAGGUUUCAUCCUGCUAGUUUUGUUAAUUAUUG